GAGUUUGGAAGUUGGCGUGGAUGCCGGGAGUGAUGAAAGCUCAAGGGAAUGUAAAAGCAGAUUUUUUUCCCACUGUGCCAACGCCUCUGUCCCAGGUAUAAGAGGAGAAUUACAGACCGGGAGCUGCUAACCCUCCCCAGCCAUUCAGAACUCUCUCUUGGGUGGCUCUCCAUUUCCUGGCAAGAUGACCACCACCAUCAGGCAAUACACUUCCUCCUCCUCCAUGAAGGGGCCCAUGAGUUUUGGCGGGGGCUCCUCUCGGCUGUCCUCUGUGCAUCUUGGAGGCGGGUACCGAGCCCCGAGCAUCCAUGGUGGAGCUGGUGGCUUGUCCAUUUCUUCUUCCCGCUACGUCUCUGGGUUAGGCAGCUCGCUUGGUGGCGGCUAUGGAGGCAGCUAUUGCAGCAGCAACAGCUUCGGUGGUGGUCUGGGGGGAGGCUUUGGUGGUGGCUUUGGUGGCAGCUUUGGUGGUGGCUUUGUUGUUGGUGGCGGGGAUGGCCUCCUGGCUGGGGGCGAGAAGGAGACCAUGCAGAACCUGAACGACCGCCUGGCUUCCUACCUGGACAAGGUGCGUGCCCUGGAAGAAGCCAACACUGAGUUGGAGGUGAAGAUCAGAGAAUGGCACAAGAAACAGGGACCUGGUCCAGAUCGUGACUACAGCCAUUAUUUCAGGACCAUUGAAGACUUGCAGAGCAAGAUUCUAGCAACCACCAUUAGCAAUGCCAGCGUUGUUCUGCAGAUCGACAAUGCCCGUCUGGCUGCGGACGACUUCAGAACCAAAUUCGAGACGGAACAAGCUCUCCGCAUGAAUGUUGAGGCAGACAUCAAUGGUCUGCGCAGAGUCUUAGAUGAGCUGACCCUGUCCAGGGCAGAUCUCGAAAUGCAGAUUGAGAAUCUGAAAGAGGAACUGGCUUAUCUGAAGAAGAACCAUGAGGAGGAAAUGAAUAUUCUCCGAAGCCAAAUGGGUGGAGAAAUCACUGUGGAAAUGGAUGCUGCUCCUGGAGUGGACCUGACCAAGAUCCUGUCGGAGAUGCGCGAGCAGUAUGAGGCCUUGGCGGACAAGAACCGUAAAGAUGCCGAGCAGUGGUUCUUCACCAAGACUGAAGAGCUGAACCGUGAGGUUGCCACCAACACUGAACAGCUGCAGAGCAGCAAGACGGAGAUCACAGAACUGAGGCGCACUGUCCAAGGCCUGGAAAUCGAUCUCCAAGCUCAACUCAGCAUGAAAGCGGCCCUGGAAGGCACCCUGGCCGAGACAGAAGCCCGCUACGGCACCCAGCUUGCCCAGAUCCAAGUGCUGAUCACCAGCGUGGAGGAGCAGCUGGCGGAGCUGCGGUGUGACAUGGAGCGCCAGAACCACGAGUACAAGAUCCUCCUGGACGUCAAGACCCGCCUGGAGCAGGAGAUCACCACCUACCGACGCCUGCUGGAGGGAGAGGAUGCCCACAUCAGUUCCCAGUACAAUGCUGCUGUCUCACAAUCUGGGAGAGAUGUGACAAAGACCACACGCCAAGUCCGCAUGAUAGUCGAAGAGGUUGAAGACGGGAAGGUGGUCUCUUCUCGAGAGCAGGUCAAACAGUCCAGCUACUAGAAGAAACGGCUCUAUACAGCACUGUAGAUCACAACCGAGAGCAGCAAUCACAGCGACAUCUCCAGGCAUUCCGUAGCAAGCAGUCCACAGGCGUAUGCAUGAAACCUUCAUAGAAGCACAGAGCCACCUGGUUCCAUUGGCUUUCUCAGUGUCCUGCCUCAUCCUUCAUGCCUGUCACAUAACCACCCUGCCUGUUAGUAACUAAUAAAGGCUUGUUUUCCCCAGU